AUGGGUGCGAAUGUAAGGAUUUGCAAUGGCAUGCAUGGCAACAGCGCGCCCAGCAACCACAGGGAUGCGGAUUGCAGGCAGCGGAACGAUCUCCGUGCUGCUGGUGCUUCUGCUGCUGGUGGUGGUGGCAAGUGUGCAUUGGAUGUGCUCGGUGCUGGUAAGCCGCCCUUCACACCUGCCAAUGCAUCCUGCUGUGCCUCCUCCCCACCGCCUUCACUCCCUGCUCCUCUGCCCUCAUGCGCGAGCGGCAACGGGGAUGCGCUGGCGUCCCAGGCGAGGUGGGUCGCCUGUGGUGCGACGGGCGAAGAGGGAGAUGAAGAGGAGAGUGAUCGGCAAUCCUGCAGACAGGGUAGUGAAGGCGGGGAGGGUGGGGAAGGUGGGGAGGAUGGUGAGAGAGGAGAGGGUGAAAGACUGGGCGGGAAUCAGGGGCAUGCGGCACAGGGUGGGGAGGAGGGGCGUGAGGGGAAGGGUGGGGAGAUGAGCAGUGGAGGAACGGGUGGGGAAAGGGGGGAGGUUGAAUGUCCGGAGACACAGCAGCAUUAUCUGAGGAGCAGGAAACGGAGCGAGGGAGGAGGAGAGAAAGGGAGAGGAGAGGAAGGGAGAGAAGAGGGAGGGAGAGGAGUGAAGCGAGGAGCGGGGCAGUGGGGGCAGCUUGGCAGGGCGAGGGGCCAUCGGGUGUGCCGCCAUGCCCCUCCUCAGCUGCUGUUUGGGCCUCCACCCUCUCGUGUUGAGGCACCUGCUGCUGCUGCUGCUGCUGCUGCUGCCUCACCUGCCCCCUCUCUGCCCACACGUGACACAGGCGUUCCUCCUGCUCCACCUCACUCCUCCACAGUCCCUGCUCCCUCCCCUCCCCCACCCGUUGCACUUGCUGCACCUGCCCCUCCACCCGUCGCUCUCUCCCUACCUGCCGCUCUCGGCACAAUCCUAGCUGCUGCUGGCAGCACAGCGCCUCCGGCCGCUGGCAUGACUCAGCAGGCCGACAGUACAGCUCAGCAGGCCAGCUGCGUGAGUCAGCUGGUCCGCUGCGUGACUCAGCGGGCCAACAGCUUGGCUCCCCAGGGGAGCAGGGUGUGUGAGGAGCAAACGAGUGCGGUGCUGCAGGGGUUUGGCUUGGUUCUCAUCACAGGGGAAGCAGCUGCAGCCCAGGCAUCCACCCACCCCUCGCCUGUGCAGCCAGUCGCUCACCUCUCGCCUGUCUGUUUUGCAGCUCAGCCUUUCUCUGCGCUUGGAGCGCCUGUGCACCCAACGCCUCCUUUCCAGUCCACUGCCCAGCCCUCUCCUGCUCAACCUACCUCUCAGCCCUCCCCUGCCUGGCCAACCGCCCAGCCCUCUGGUGUCCAUUCCACGGCUCCUCCACUCCCUGCUGUGCCACCACUCGUACUGGAACCCCCCUCUCUUCCCGCCCAGCAAAACGCUCACCCCUCUCCUGCUCAACCACCUACUGCUGAGCCCUCUGGUGCCCGUUCCGCAGCUGAACCGCUGCCUGACCAGCCAGCACUCGUUCUCGAACCCCCUCCUGGUCCCUCUCGCAGCCUUUCUUCAACCACACUUCAUGCAUCGCUCCCCACCCAAGCCUCGCCCCCAAAUCAAGACCCGCCCCCCAUUCAAAACCUCCCCCCCAUGCAGUACCCGGUCUCCGCGCACGGAUCUCCCCGCACCCAGCCCUUUCCUUCUGUGGAUCUCCCUCCAAGUUCUCAGCACAUCUCCCCUGGUACUGCGCCUGCAACUGCCCCUGCAACUGUCCCCGCAGCUGCUCCAACUGCCCCUGUCACUGCCGCUGCGAUUCCCCUUGGUUUUAUGGAGUCAAGCAGGCAGAUGCUGCAGGCACAGGGGGAGCAUGCGUCGAAUUCUGGAGAAGCGGAGCGAGGGGAGUGUUGGGAAGGGACGGAGAGGGAGGUGGGAGAGGAAGCAGAGAGAAGGGCAGGAGGCGAGGAUGGGGGAAUGGAGGAGAGGAGUAAAGGGGAGGAAGAGGGUGCAAGAGGGGAGGAGCAAGGGGGAGAGGGUGCAAGGAGUGUGCAAGAGGAGGGAGAUGGUGCAAGGAGGGAGCAAGGAAAAAGAGAGGAGCGGAUACACUUGCGAGAGAAUGAGCAGAUGCAAGGCGAGGGGCCGACGCAAGGCGAGGGGCCGACGCAAGGCGAGGGGCCAACGCAAGGCGAGGGGCCGAUGUGGAAUGAAGGGCAGACACGGAGUGAGGGGCAGCAAGAACAAGGAGCCAAGGGUGGAGGAGCCAAGGGUGGAGGAGCCAAGGGUGCUGGGAAGAAUGGAGGGGGGAGGGGUGCAGGGAAGAGCGGGGACCCGAAGGGUGAGGAGGAGAAGGGGGGCAGGGGAAGGGGUGGAGAGAAGAAUGGGGAGGGGAGAGGUGCAGAGAAGAGUAGAGGAGCAAGGGGUGCAGAGAAGAGUAGAGGAGCAAGGGGUGCAGAGAAGAGUAGAGGAGCAAGGGGUGCAGAGAAGAGUAGAGGAGCAAGGGGUGCAGAGAAGAGUAGAGGAGCAAGGAGUGCAGAGAAGAGUAGAGGAGCAAGGGGUGCAGAGAAGAGUAGAGGAGCAAGGGGUGCAGAGAAGAGUAGAGGAGCAAGGGGUGCAGAGGCGAGUAGAGGAGCAAGGGGUGCAGAGGCGAGUAGAGGAGCAAGGGGUGCAGAGGCGAGUAGAGGAGCAAGGGGUGCAGAGGCGAGUAGAGGAGCAAGGGGUGCAGAGGCGAGUAGAGGAGCAAGGGGUGCAGAGGCGAGUAGAGGAGCAAGGGGUGCAGAGGCGAGUAGAGGAGCAAGGGGUGCAGAGGCGAGUAGAGGAGCAAGGGGUGCAGAGGCGAGUAGAGGAGCAAGGGGUGCAGAGGCGAGUAGAGGAGCAAGGGGUGCAGAGAAGAGUAGAGGAGCAAGGGGUGCAGAGAAGAGUAGAGGAGCAAGGGGUGCAGAGAAGAGUAGAGGAGCAAGGGGUGCAGAGGCGAGUAGAGGAGCAAGGGGUGCAGAGGCGAGUAGAGGAGCAAGGGGUGCAGAGGCGAGUAGAGGAGCAAGGGGUGCAGAGGCGAGUAGAGGAGCAAGGGGUGCAGAGGCGAGUAGAGGAGCAAGGGGUGCAGAGGCGAGUAGAGGAGCAAGGGGUGCAGAGGCGAGUAGAGGAGCAAGGGGUGCAGAGGCGAGUGGUGGGACGAGGAAUGGUGUGGAGAGGUUGGAAGCGGUUGUGAGGGACAGAUGGUCUGGAAGCGACAACAGGGGGAUGGAAGAGCACGGUUCGAGCCUAGGUGGUGGUGGUGGGUUAAGAGGGACGGUGAGAGAUGUGGGAGAGGAGGCGAGGAAUGGAGGGGAGGGAGAGAGGGAGAAAGAGAGGGAGAGGGAGAGUAUGCAAUUAAGGGAGGAGAUGAGGGGGGAAGGGAGGGAAGAGAGGAGGGAAGAAAGGAGGGAAGAGAGGAGGGAAGAGAGGAGGGAAGCGAGGAGGGAAGAGAGGAAGAAAGAGAGGAGAGAAGAGAGGAGGGAAGAGAGGACAGAAGAGAGGGAAAGGAGGAGGGAUGAGAUGAGGGAAUUGAGAGAGGAGAGGAGGGAAGAGAGGGGGGAAGAGAGGACGGAGGAGAGGGAAGGGAGGAGGGAAGAGAGGUGGGAAGUGAGAGAAGAGAGGAGGGAAGAGAGGAGGGAAGAGAGGAGGGAAGAGAGGAGGGAAGAAGUUGUGAGGCUGAGAGAGGCGACUGAGAGUAUGGAAUUGGAGGAAGGGGAGGUGGUAGAAGAGGGAGAGGAGGGGGAGGAAGGGGAGGUGGAGGAAAUGGAGGAGGUGGAGGAAGGGGAGGUGUUAGAAGAGGGGGAGGAAGUGGAGGAAGGGGAGGAGGUGGAUGGAGGGGAGGAGGAAGAGGAGGUAGAGGAGGAAGGGAUAGUUGGGUGCAGAGGGUGCACGUUAGCGAGCGAGAGGGGAGGCGGUGUGGGUGGAAUGAGUGGGGCACGUGCGGAGGAAGGGAGCAGUGAGCAGCCCCCCCGUGAGGCACCCGUAGCAGCAGAUCCCAACGCGGUGCGUGCAGAGGCGCACAGGGGAGGGCUCGUGAGCAUGUCCAUGCCCAUGCUUGUGGGUGGAGAGAUGCAAUCGAGAGGGGGCAUGGUCACGGGCAUGCCUAUGCCCAUGCCCAUGCCCAUGCCCAUGCCCAUGCCCAUGCCCAUGCCCAUGCCCAUGCUUGUGGGUGGAGAGACACAAACGAGAAAGGGCAUGGGCAUGGGUGGAGAGGCACGCAGGGGAAGGCUGCUGGGCAUGCCUGUGGGUGCCCCUCAUGUGAUUGUUCUGUCUGAUGACGAGGAAGAGGCAGGCCAGGGGGAGGCGAGUCCGAGGGAGAGGGGCCGGGUGGAGGAGGGUCGGGCGGAAGAGGUUCGGGUGGAGGAGGAGGGAGAAUAUGAGGAGGGCAGAGGGAAAAGGGGAUGCUUUGAAAGGGAAGAGGGGGAGAGUGGGGUGAGGCUAGUGGGGGAGAAAGAGGCAGCUGGGAUGGUGGGAGGCGAUGCAGAGGAGUGGAAUGAGGGCGUGCAGGAGGGGGAAAGGAAGAGUGGUUGGAGAUGUGGGCAUUUUGGUAAGGGAAAUAGGGAGGGACAUUCCGAAGGGGAUCCAGAUGCGGGGAUGGAAGUGGAGGGAGGCAGAGUGAGGACGAGUGAGUGUGAGAUGCGGGCAGGUGAAGUGGGGAAGAGGGAGGUGCUUCAGCAGGGAAAGAAGGGCGAGGAGAGGAGGGAGGAGGGAGGGAAGGAUAGGGAGGAGGGGGGGGAGGAUAGGGAGGAGGGUGCACAAGGAGAGGAGAAGGAGGAUAAGGAAGAGGGAGAUCAGGGCGAGAAAGGGGGGAAGGAGGGGCAGGGAGUGCAGAGAGUGCAGGGGGAGGAGAGGGAGCAGGGCGGGAAGAGUAAGGAGAAAAAAAAGGAGCUGUCCGGAAUGGUAGGGGCAUGUGGGGAGAUGGAACGGACUGGGGAGGAGGGGAAGCGGCUGGGGAGUGCUGCUGGCGCAAGUGGGGGUGAUGGAGGGAGGGGAGCGAGGGUGAUGCACAGGAAGGAGGACGUGAAGAGGAGGCGAGAGGAUGAGAGGAUGGAGACAUGGCAUGGGAAAGAGGUGAUUGUGCUGGACGAUAGUGAUGAGGAGGACUAUAACGAGCGUGUUAAUAACGAGGAUGAGUCAAACAAGGGACGUAAUGAUAAGAUGGGAGGUGGGGAGAGUGAGAGGGAUGGGGUGAGUAGGGUGGGAGGAGCGAUGCAGAGGCAAGGGGAUGGGGAUGGGGAGAGAGGGGGAAGUGAGUGCGAGGAAGGGCCUGCGAAAGUGCGAGGGAGAGAGUGUGGUGUGGAGGAGGAUUCAGAAUUAGAGGAAGGGGAAGUUCGAGAGGAGGAGGGGGAUGAGGAGGAUGGGUGGAAUGAUCGGGGAGAGUGGAGAGGGAGCAGUGAGAGGGAAGGGGAGAUAGGGAACAAUGCUGGGCAUGAUAAGGAGGGUGGGGAGGUGAGGCGUUAUCAAGAGGAUGAGGAGAUGAUGGAAAAGGAGAGGAAGGAAGAGGAGAGGAAGGAAGAGGAGAGGAAGGAAGUGGAGAGGAAGGAAGAAGAGAGAAAGGAAGAGGAGAGGAAGGAAGAGGAGAGGAAGGAAGAGGAGAGGAAGGAAGAGGAGAGGAAGGAAGAGGAGAGGAAGGAAGAGGAGAGGAAGGAAGUGGAGAGGAAGGAAGAAGAGAGAAAGGAAGAGGAGAGGAAGGAAGAGGAGAGGAAGGAAGAGGGGCGGCAGGGAAUAGAUCAGGUGACAGGAGAGGAGGAAGGGAAUGAGGAAGAAAGGAGUGGGAAGAUGCGAGAGGAAGGUGAUGCAGUGGAAGCAGGAGGUGGGGGGAGACCGGCGGGGCUGGGCCGUGCGUGGGGCUUACUUGCUGCGCGUAGCAUCAUUCCCCAUCACCCCCAUGGCCCAUGCCGUGCUCACCACCCCCACCAUGUUCAACGCUCUCGACCUCGAUACCCUCGUCACCUUGCCGCUGCACCUCUUGUGGUGGGUGCUUCUAGCGCGCUGGUGAAGGAUGGGGCUGUUGGUGUGAGCGGGAGGGAUGAGGCUGAAGAGGUGAUCUGGUUGCUGGAUGAUGACGAGGAGGAGGGGGAGGGGAUUGAGGAGGCUGAACAUGGGAUUGAGGAGGCUGAACAUGGGAUUGAGGAGGCUGAACAUGGGAUUGAGGAGGCUGAACAUGGGAUUGAGGAGGCUGAACAUGGGAUUGAGGAGGCUGAACAUGGGAUUGAGGAGGCUGAACAUGGGAUUGAGGAGGCUGAACAUGGGAUUGAGGAGGCUGAACAUGGGAUUGAGGAGGCUGAACAUGGGAUUGAGGAGGCUGAACAUGGGAUUGAGGAGGCUGAACAUGGGAUUGAGGAGGCUGAACAUGGGAUUGAGGAGGCUGAACAUGGGAUUGAGGAGGCUGAACAUGGGAUUGAGGAGGCUGAACAUGGGAUUGAGGAGGCUGAACAUGGGAUUGAGGAGGCUGAACAUGGGAUUGAGGAGGCUGAACAUGGGAUUGAGGAGGCUGAACAUGGGAUUGAGGAGGCUGAACAUGGGAUUGAGAUGGAAGGUGCACUGGCACCUGAGAUGGAAGGGGAAGGGAGGAACACUGGCGAGAGGGCAGUUUCUGAGGCGACACAAACUAUACCGGAAGAUUUGGAGAAAGCAUCAGAUGCGGAGGUGGAAGGGGACGGAAGGAGCAGUGGCAAGAGGGGAGGCAGGGAAGAGGAGUGGGAUGUGUGGGGUUGGGAGCGUGUGUGGAAGAGGGCGAAGAGUGCCGUGGAUGAAUGGCUGGACGACGAGUUGGUGGGGGCGGGUGAGCGAGGUGGGGAGGGCGGGGAGGAGGGCGGAUGGGAGGAGAAGCAGGGGCGAGAGGCAGGAGAGGAAGGAGAUACAAGAGAGGCAGGAGAGGGAGGAGAGGCAGGAGAGGGAGGAGAAGAAGCAGCGAAUGCAGCGCAAUCCGUGCAUGGGGAUGAGCUGGUGUGCUCGGCUCCGUGUGUAGGAGAGGGCAGGGGCGUGGAGGUGGGCUUUGGGUCGGCUCAGACUUCACCACAUGCAGAGCAGAGCGCGCAUGGGGAUGAACGAGAUGAGCUGCUGUGCUCUGCCCCAUAUGUGAAAGAGGACAGGGGCGUGCAGGUGGGCUUUGAUUCAGCUCAGACACCACCACAUGCAGAGCAAUGCUUGCCUUUGAAUGGGCGGGACGAGGUGGCGUGCUGUGAUCCGUGUGGGGGAGAGAGUAAUGGCGUGGAGGGAGGCGGGGCGCAGAAGAGGAAGAGAGAUGUGCUGCCGGGAGCGAUGUGCAGCGAGGAAGGCCCAGCGGAGAUGCAGGGAGAGGUGAAAAUGAGAGGCGAGGAGGGGCUUGUAGGCCAAGGGGAGGAAGCGGAGGACGAAGCUAAGGGCGAGGAGGCACGGGAAGAGGCUGAUCAGGAAGCCACUGGACUUACUGAGCCCACAAGGACCGCAACAAACACGACAGCCACAACAGCUGCAACCGACGCAACAGCCACAGCAGCCACAACAGACGCAACAGGUGCAAGAGCCACGAGAGGCAUAGAUGUGCUUCUCCCGUCUGCCCUCCCCAUUGCAUCUCCUCGCCUCCAUCCCUCUGCUUCACCUGCACCACCCCUUCCCAUCCCAGCCACAACAGACGCAACAGGUGCAAGAGCCACGAGAGGCAUAGAUGUGCUUCUCCCGUCUGCCCUCCCCAUUGCAUCUUCUCAGCCUCCCCCCGCCUCCUCCUCCCCACCUGUUGCCUCAACCCCUGUUGCUCCUGCCACCUCUGCUCCCUCCUCCUCUGCUCCCUCUUCCUCCGCCCCCUCCUCUGCUCCCUCCUCUUCUCCCUCCUCCUCCGCCCCCUCCUCCUCUGCUCCUCCCUCCUCCUCUGCUCCUCCCUCCUCCUCUGCCCCUUCCGCUGAUCCUGCUUCUCCCACUCCUUCAACCCGCACUGCUCCUCCCCCCUCUCCCCCUGCUGCUCCCUCUCCCCCUCCUCCUGCCAGUGCAUCAGCACAGAAACAGCGGGUUGAAACGCACAGGCAGAAGCAGCCGUCUCAGCAACAGCAGCAGCAGCAGCAACAGCAGCAGCAGCUUUUGCUUCAGCAGCAGCGGAUUCAGCAGCAGGUGCGAGAUCAGCAGAGGUGGAGUGACAGGAAGAGAGCGAGGAGAGAUGAAAAUAUUGCCAACGAAAGGGAGGCACUGGGAGCAAAGGGCGCUGUGCCGGCAUAUAUGAUCAACAUGUGGAUGGCCCUCAACCAACGCAAGGGCACUUCUGCUGCUGCUGAUGGGCCGAGUGGGGGAAAGACUGAUGGUGGUGGUGGUGAUGGGGAUUCUGAUGAUAACUCAGGAGCGAAUGAUGGGACAGAUACUGAUGAUGACGAUGAUGGUAGUGAUGAUGACAGUGGUGGUUCUGACAAGGAGAGUGAUGAGGAGGAGGAUGUGGAGAGGGAGGAGGGGCGGUCAGGUCAUCCCAUGGGGGCAUACGAUGUGAGGAGGCAGGGAGUGUGUCGGUACGACGAGGGGCGGCAUGUGGUGGAGGAGGAUGCGAUGGAGGGGGAGGUGUGUGCCAAGUGCGGCAUCGUCCUGAGGAGCGCCCACGAGCUGUCACUGUUGCAGGCGCAUGCAGCAGGCGGGCAGACCAUGGGAUGGGAUGGAAGCUGCCCUGGCGUGCCCUCCCCAGGAGCAGUGACCAUCAGGCGGGCGUACCUCACCCCGAUGCAGCUGCAGGCGCAGCAGGCCAUGCGAGCCAUGGAGGCUGCAGAGGCUGAGUGGCGCCGGGAGGAGCAGCAGCGCCAGCAGGCAGCGCACACACUUAUCAUCACUCCCAUGUUCCCCGUUCCUCCUGUUUCUCCCAUUUUCCCCAUGUCGCCCGUUUCUCUGUUUCUCGUUCCGAACCGGCCCUCCGCAGGCGCAGUGGUGACCAUCAGGCGGCCCCACCUGAACCCAAUGCAGCUGCAGUCACAGCAGGCCAUGCGAGCCUUGGAGGCUGCAGAGGCUCGACAGGGACGACAGGGACGAGCAGCAGCGCGAGCAGGCAGCAUACGCGCUUAUCUUCACACUCCCGUUCCGAACCGGCCCUCCGCAGGCGCAGUGGUGACCAUCAGGCGGCCCCACCUGAACCCAAUGCAGCUGCAGGCGCAGCAGGCCAUGCGAGCCUUGGAGGCUGCAGAGGCAGAGUGGCGCCGGGAGGAGCAGCAGCGCGAGCAGGCAGCGCAGCGCGAGAGGGAGAAACAGCGGAAAGAGAAGGAGCGGGAGCGGGAGCUUGAGCGGCGGCAGCAGCUGCUGGGGGAGAUCGGGGUGGAGCACGAUUGCUGGCCGUCGGAUUUCCUCCGAAAGAGGAUGCAGAGCCAUCAGAUUGCUGCGUUCCGAUUCAUCUGGCACCACCUGGUGGCUGGGGGCGGGGGGAGGCCAGGGGAAGGGCGAGUGGGAGCAGGGGGAGGAGACGUAAAAUCACAGGAGAGGGAAGUAGGGGGGUGCAUCUUGGCGCAUGCGCCUGGCACGGGCAAGACACUGACCACCAUUGCCUUCAUCGAGAAGCUCCUCUCGCUGCACCAUCAGCGCCUCAAUCGUGGCGAGACGGGGCGUCUCAGCGCCGCUGCUGCUGUGUCUGCAGCAAGCGGCACCCCGCCGCGCAUCCUGAUCGUGACAGAGCUCUCCAUAGUGGACUCAUGGUGGGGCGAGUUCCACAAGUGGAUCACCACCCGCUCCCAGCGCGCUGUCAUCCCCUCCCUCAAAGUCCUGGAAGGCGGGGGCGCAGGGGGGAUACGAGAAGCAGAGAGGGUGGCCAAGACGUGGGCUGCUAAGGGUGGUGUGUUGAUUGCGACUUAUGGGUUUCUGGAAGGGGUGAUUGAGAAGCGGGGAGUAGGGGGGGCAGGAAGGGCAGGCGGGGUGGGGGGGUUGGGGUCGCAGGGGCGGGAGGAGGGGGUGUGGGCGAGGGGCGAGGUGAGACGGAUGGUGGUGGAGGAGACGGAUGUGCUCAUCUGUGACGAGGGCCACCGCAUCAAAUCGCCCUCCACCAUCUCACACCGGGACACAAAUGUGCUCAUCUGCGACGAGGGCCACUGCAUCAAAUCGCCCUCCACCAUCUCGCACCGGGCCUUGGAUCGCCUGCACACGCGAAGGAGGGUCCUGCUGACCGGCACGCCGCUGCAGAACUCCACUCUCGAGCUCUGGGACCUGGCGUGCUUCGUGCACCGCCCCCGCAUGCACCGCGCUGUGCUGGGGAUGACCGGGGGAAAAGGGGAGGGCGGAGGAAAGGGCAGGGGGAGGAGCGUGCACAAGAGGGGGAGCGAGGAGGAAAGUGGAGGCGAGGGGGAGGAUGCGGUAGGGAUGGAGGAGGAUGAUGAUAGUGGUGAGGGGGAGGAGGAGGAGGAGGAGGAGGAGGAGGAGGAGGAGGAGGAGGAGGAGGAGGAGGAGGAGGAGGAGGAUGAGAUGGAGGAGGAUGAGGUGGAGGAGGAGGAUGAGAACGAGGUGCGGUGUCUGGAGCGCAACAGGGAGGCGCUGAGCCCAGCGUGGGCGGCCAUGGAAGCGCAGCAGGCCGUGCAGCUGUCCCCCAAGCUGGCAGCCGUGGUGGCGAUCGUGCGCGCGGCGGUGCGCAUGGGCGAGAAGGUGGUGGUGUUUGCAGAGGAGCACGUUCACCUGGACCUCGUGGUACCAUGCUGUGUGCGCAUGGGCGAGAAGGUGGUGGUGUUUGCCGAGGAGCACGUGCACCUGGACCUUGUUGUGGGGUCGCUGUGCCACUCCAUGAACUGGACAGGAGACGAGCAGGUGUUGCGGGUGGACGGCAGCAUGACUCAAUCGCAGCGCAGCGACUCGUUCGAGCGGUUCCAGAAGGAGAAGGUGCCGCAAGCAGCGGUGAUGGUGGCGGCCGUGAAGGCAUGCGGGCUGGGCAUCGACUUCACGGCCGCAUCACGGGUGGUCAUGCUGGAUGCCCUUUGGAACCCGGCAUCUGAUCAACAGUUAUGGGGUAAAGUGCGGGGUAAGGUGCAGGGUAAGGUGCCGGGCAGUUCUCAGAGUGUGGCACUCAGGGCAGCAGCAGCAGGUGGUGCACACUCAUUGGCUGCUGUCCCUCCCUCCGCAGCAAUCUUCGUCCCCCCUCCCCACCUGCACUCCCCACAGGCCAUCUCGCGGGUGUGGCGCACAGGGCAGCAGCGGCGGGUGCAUGUGUAUCGACUGCUGCUGGAGGGCAUGGGGGAGAUGUACAAGCUGCGCUGCGCUCAGGCCAAGCAGCGCCUCGCCCAUGUCAUCUUCCACUCCGCCACUGGCGGUGCGCCUGUGCUGGCGGUCACUCUGAUUGCGAUGGGCAGCGGCUGA